AUGGAGAAUAGCUUGGAAUGGGCAAAAUCGAUCUGUCGCAAUGGCUUACGACCAUUAUUAAGAGAAUUCACGACUGUCCGAAAAUACAUACCAAAGGACAUAACAACUGAUUAUUUUGACCAAAAUGCUACCAAAAAUCGAAUUGCUCUGCAUACUCAGUUCAGGUAUACAGAUGUAAUGUGUAUCGAUAGUACACGCGUGGUCCUGCAGGGACGAUCCAAAAAAAAUAAUUACAUCCACGCUAACUGGGUGCGACUACCAUCAUCCAGGCGAUACAUUUGUACGCAGGGACCGCUCGAUGAAACCGUCGAGGACUUUUGGCUCAUGAUUUUUAAAGUAAUUUUUUGAUC